UGAAUACUGCAACAUGGCCAUUCCCGAGCGAACCAAAGUCCUUAUCAUCGGCGGUGGGCCGGCUGGCUCAUAUGCUGCCUCGGCGUUGGCCCGUGAGGGAAUUGAAGCUGUCGUCCUCGAAGGCGACAAGUUCCCCAGAUACCACGUGGGAGAGAGCAUGCUGCCUUCUCUGCGUCAUUUCUUUCGUUUUAUCGAUCUGGACGACAAGUUUGUUGCACAUGGUUUCUACAAGAAGAUCGGCGCAGCGUUCGUGCUGAACAACAAAGAACCGGCAUACACCGACUUCAUCGGCGCAGGAGGCCCCAACGCAUACUCAUGGAACGUCGUUCGAUCCCAAGCCGACGACCUCAUCUUCAGGCACGCGGGUCAGUGUGGAGCCAACAUCUUCGACGGUGUCAAGGUCUCCGCGAUUCAAUUCGCCCCCCACGAGGGUGCAAGCACUGCCGAUGCGAAGACCCAGGAUCCCGGCCGGCCGGUGUCCGCGACCUGGACCCGCAAGGAGGACGGUAGCACCGGCACGAUCAACUUUGAUUACCUCAUCGAUGCAAGCGGCCGUGUUGGUAUCAUGAGCACCAAGUACCUCAAGAACCGCCACUUCAACCAGGGACUCAAGAAUGUUGCCAGCUGGGGUUACUGGAAGAAUGCGGGACGCUACGGUGUCGGUACUCCCCAGGAGGGCGUCCCGUACUUUGAAGCCCUCUCAGACGGUAGCGGCUGGGCUUGGUUCAUCCCUCUCCACGACGGCACGACUUCCGUGGGAGUCGUCGUCAACCAGGAAAUCGCCAUCCGCAAGAAAAAGGAAAUGGGCUCUCCCGGCGACAAGGUCUUCUACAAGACCAUGCUCGAGUCGGUCCCCCGCAUUCUCGGGCCCAUGCUCAAGGACGCCACGCUCGUGAACGACGAGAUCAAGGCGGCCUCCGACUGGUCCUACAGCGCAUCCUCCUACGCCAGCUACAACACCCGCAUCGUCGGCGACGCCGGCUGCUUCAUCGACCCGUUCUUCUCAUCCGGUGUCCACUUGGCCGUCGCCAGCGGCCUCUCCGCCGCUGCGACCAUCUGCGCCUCCAUCAAGGGCCAGUGCACCGAGCACGAGGCGCUCGCGUGGCACUCGAAGAAGGUCGCCGAGGGCUACACCCGCUUCCUCCUCAUCGUGCUCAGCGCGCUGAAGCAGAUCCGCGAGAGCGACGAGCCCGUCCUGAGCGACUGGGACGAUGAAGGGUUCGAGCGAGCAUUCGCCCAUUUCCGCCCUAUCAUUCAAGGAACGGCCGACGUCCAAGGCAAGCUGACGCAGGAGGAAGUGUCCAAGACGGUGGACUUCUGCCUCAAGGCGUUCGCGCCCGUGGACGUGGCCAAGCGCGACGCGGUGCUGAAGCGCGUCGAGGACCUGACGGCGACGGGCAGCGUGCAGAGCCACGCGGAGCUGCAGGCGUACCUGUCGGCGGACGAGAUGAACAUCCUCAACAGCGUGCGCGCCCGCGAGAUGGUGCGCUCCGAGGACACGGUCAACAUCGACACCUUCGCCUCGGACAUCAUCGACGGCCGCGCGCUGAACAUGGUGCAGGGCUCGCUGGGUCUGAUCGCCGAGGCGGGCGUGUCGAAGGAGGUGAAGAAGUCGGUGGAUCUGCUCGGCCAGAUGAUGGGCGAGGGCGCGGAGAAGGCUCUCGCAGAGCAGCCGGUUCCGGUCCUCGUCGCCGCGAGCAAUUGAUGCGGUGUAGGUGAGAGGGAGAUCUCUCGAACUCUCUCUCUGGUUGCCGAUGAAUGGCGUUUUGAGGGGAUGGGAUAGGCUCCUUCUUUUGCGUCC